AUGGCUGUCUAUGUUCCCGGAGUCCAGGAUAAUUUCGUCAGUGCUGGCAUCCUACGAGACGGAUGUUGGGAAUGCGGACUGGUCAACUUGAUUUUGUCUGCUUUGCGGAGACACCCAAAGGCAGUUUUCCUGGACGCGGGAGCAAACUUGGGGAUCUACAGCAUCACAGUUGCCAAAAUGGGAAGACAUGUCUUCUUACGGCACCGGCAAUGCUGUUCUCACACGAAUUGGCCAAUUCUUCACUCGUUGAUACAGUCAGUCUGGACGAAGGGCUAACUCUAUCAUUCCGCAACAUAGUAAAAUGAAUCUACUGCUGCAUUAGCCAGUCGUUUGGCCGUUUCCUUGGUAUAAGUAGCUCACCCUAGAAGUAAGAAAGUAUCGAUGUUCAUCUGUUUUCAGUCAGUGUCCAAGGGACCGAAUUGCAAGCCCAACUGACUCUACGAAAGUUGAAUUGCCUCAUCUUCUAAGCUUCGCAUUCGAGCCGUUUUUUACGACUCGAAUACGACUCUGCAAGAGCAUCCAGAGGAACCAUCUGGGAAACGAGCUUCAUCUAUUCCGGAAAGGCCUGUCCACGAAAUCCGGCAGCAGAUGGAAAUUUCGAGGAACUGAUAGUUACGAACGGUUUUCAGCUGGAAUCUUCACUGUAACUUCUGUUUUAUCUCUUUCUACUUUGUAAGAAAGGGUGAGUCAGGACGUAAUAAAACGAGGUAUCAUCACACGACAUAGCUUGUCCUGUAGGGGAACAUCAAGAACGUGGUCAUGGCUUCUUCUAGUAGGAGAAAAGAGAGGUUCGUUGUACAAGUUUUUCAUACAAAUAAAUUAUACGUUGGAGCAACAAUAAAGACGUUGCUGGAGCUUCAUGCAAGCUGUCACUGUCUUCUUGCGUCACGUCUAAGAUCCUCGAAACCCAGGUGGCGUGAGUAUCAACGAACUGAGCAACGAGAGAAUAGACCGAAACUACAAGCCUGAAGAGGAAGGCACGUCAUGGGCGGAAUCAGUACUACAAACAUAGAGCUUCAACUUGUAGAAGUAGAACACGAAAAUGAGCAGAAAUUAUUCUGGGAGAUGAAAGUAGUACGUGAAGAGGAUCAUGAGCUAUGCGGCUUUUCCGUUUCACGGCUCUACUUGAGGGUGUUAAUGUUCUGAGCUUCGGAAUGUCGUCUCAAGCUCCUUUCCUGAGUUGAGGCUCAGGAGGCACUCACGCCCCUUCUCUUAUGGAAAGACCCGGUUGUGAAUGAUAAGAACUGUGGUUGCUACUACUUUACAAUUAUUAUACCGGUAGGUUGGCUCUCCAUCGGAGGUACUUUCCAACUGGUUGGCCUCACGAGUAGACACUAAUAGCUACAUAAGAGGUGCCAUGACAUGCCGUGAUCCUUGUAUCAACCCCUAGGGUGGUGCACUUUCUCGGGACUAUGCGGGAUCAGAACUAAUACAUCGAUGGACCCCUCACAAUAAAGCACGUCUUUGAAGAUAAUUUAUCGCUGCUUCCUCUACCUUUUCAACCAAGGUCCGACUCGACGAUUAUCUGAGCGUUUUCUCUUCACGAUGGGCCAAAGGGCAUCCUUUAGUCAUGAAAAUGGAUAUUGAAGGCCACGAAUGUCAUUAAGAAAAACUUGUUUCCCGCAGAUAACUUAUAGGGGGUGGCUAGGCCGUAACUUCUAUGCGAUAUUGUCUCGUAGGAGGUGGUUACGUAUACGUUGAACUGCGAUAGGGACACACACACGGGAUAACUUGUUGUUUGUUACCAAACUUCUAACGAAGAGGAAAUUACUCACGUCCCACAACUUGGUAUAAUUCUUACUCGUAUAUUUGUUCCUAUUUCGGAUACUCGCUGGUCUUCUUACUGGCAAUGCUUCCCUGUAAGCUUCCUCUUCUCAAGUUUCCCCUCCUCCUCUCUAAAGAAAAGCUGUUGCCGGAAUGACGGAGUUCUUGAAGCAUUUUUCUGUGGCCUUUGUCCUCAUGGAAUGGAUCCAGAUGUACGGAAACGCAGAAAAACUACGCCUCCAUCAUUUGGAUCGCUUCUGUCCGACGCUGAGUGCACUAGUGUUAAGGCUGGAAGCAGAAAUCCAAAACGCCAAGGUAAAAAGGGGAACCAAAGAGGUAGGGAAAAUGGAAAAGGCGAACCCUGUUGACGUUCAAAACAUCUUGGAAUGUUUCGGCCCAAAGAGGAAAAGGGACACCAUGACUUUCAAAACAUCUUGGAAUGUUUCGGUCCAAAGAGGAAAGGAAAAAGGGGAAGAACCAUCAUGCUCGGCAAGAUGGAUUUUUGGAAGCUCUAAUCAUGCAAACCUUCACAGAUCGGGGUUUGGUGCCUUCGACAGUGCAGGGGCACCGAUUGAACCAUAACACACCGAAUCGAUGGGAUGGCGUAGGUGAUGUAGUUUGUUAAGGCCAGAGGGAGUUACAGGUCUUGUUUGGGAAUCAUAUAUGAUGGCGCUGUGCUAGUUGGUACAAACAAGUAGGUAGAGGUUGUUUGUGAAUCACUUAAAGACUUUUUUUUUUGUACAGUGACGGGCAAGCACCAGCAUGCAUGUUCUCCUAUGUCUAUGAUCAAAGCUAUUUUGCAGGCAACAUGUAGACGAGGAUAUCAAGGGUCGAAAUCUUUGUUUUUCUUUCGACCUUGAUGUUCAUCACUUUGCUUCUACAAUUUGCAACACCUCAUCCUCAUCCUUCUUUCUACCACGUUUGCUUAAAGAGAGACAUCAACACCUCAUCCUCAUCCUUCUUUCUACCACGUUUGCUUAAAGAGAGACAUCAACACCUCAUCCGCAUCCUUCUUUCUACGACUCUACCACGUCUAAGCACCGGAACCUGGGACGCUAAUGCCGCAUACGGAUCUGCAGUUGAGCAGACACUAUGGCUAGAUAUUGCACCGUAUGGUGAAAGAGUCACCGGUUAGCUUUUCCCUCAUAUGCUAGGUCUAUCCCAUCAAACAACGCGCGUUGUAUCUUCGAUUUCGUACUUCUAGAAGUUUUGUACAAGAAGAACACAACCAGAGAGUACUAUGCAAAUUUCAAUAGGACGACUGACAGAUAGCAGAAGACGCGGCUGUAUCUUCUUCUAGUAAAACUACAACUAUUGUAUUUAUAUAUCUUCUAUCUACUAUCCUUCCUUUUUCUUUUCCUAGUUAGCUUGGCUCCACCCGUACUAUUGAUAAUAUCAUGUUCUUUGUUUUUUCUAGUUAGGUCUGCUCCACCACAGCUAUUGAUAUCGUGUUCGUUGCACAGCUUUUGUUACUUUAGUUAGGACUCCAUCACUACUAUCGGCACAUUGACGGACUACAGCUCUAAGAACAGACUCCCGCUGAUGUGUCGAGGCUUCCUCCGACCUACCUGCAAGGCUCGUCGAGACCGGCGAACAAUCUCGGAGCACCUGUAUCCUAUGCGGCUUUAUGAAGAGAUGAAGGCAGUACAAUGCAAUGCAGUUUACAAGAAUUGAUUCCUCACAAGAGUUCUGUGCAGACUGCCGCGUAGUAGAAGGAAGAGCGCCACAAGCUGUUUGCUAUCAUGUAUUAACUGUAUAGGUUUUCUUAAUAUAACGGACGAUCUAGUGAAAGUGUCGAUAUCUCUGUGCCAGUAGUUUCUACAGUGUGUCCCAAUCACUGUGUCUUUUCUCUCUCCCUACUGUUUUGUCUUCUAGUUUCUAGUACUGUGUCUUUCUCCGUCGAUGGUAGAGAAUGACCAUCAGAGACGUAUGACGAUGAAGAUGGAGCUUGCUUACCCCUCUAACUUGACCUCCGGCGACAAUGGGCGACAAUAGAUUUCCCUUGCCUUCGUAUCGCAGGUCUCAGACGUCAUUCUUCGGUUCUGGACACGGUUCUGGACUCGACAGAAGUGCUGGACUCAACAGAAUAUUAUGCUUAUAACUGUAUUUUUCCGUUUUUCAUAGACAUCUAUCGUGAACAAAAGUGAAGAUCUUAUCGGCCAGUCUCAUGAUAAUCAAUGUGAUGGAGCCACCAGUUGCUCCUCUGAUGUAGCUGGUCCCUCUUUUCUUGUAGCUAGUAGUUCCCCUGUGAUAUUAUAGCUAGUCCUCAUAUUCAUGUUAGAUGUCCUCUUCUGUUGUAGCUAGUAGUUCCUCUGUGAUAUAGCUAGUCCUUGUCCUCAUUUUCAUGUUAGAUGUCCUCUUCUGAUGUAGGUAGGGACUCAAACUUUUCAGCUUGUGUUUCCUGCUCUGGCAGUGUACCACUGAGCAGAGUCAGGUUUCCUGUUUCUAACGAUAACGUCGCCAGGCAGUGUACCACUGAGUAGAGGCUUGGGCGGACCUGCAGAAGCGCCUAUGCGAAGCCGUUCUGGUCGUCUGCCGCGCCAUGUGCAAGGAGCAGGAUUUCACAGUCAGUAUGGACCAAACUGAAAGUUUUGUUGUGUAUUGAGGAAUCUAUGAUUAGGUGGACUUUUAUUUUCGACAUUGCAAUGCAGUACAAUGCAUAGCACCAAACACAACCACACGAAAAAUAUUCGCAUAUCCAAGCAUACGAAAGACAAAAUUCUAACAUCGAGGUCGUCGUCGAUCGUUGCAGGCGAAUGUUGAUCCCCAGUUGAGGCGGUUAGACGGGACGGAAGAUGACAGAACCGAUGUGGUCAAAAAGGCCUUGCUUUCAGGACAACUUCUUGUAUGGAGCUUGCCUGGAGAUGGACUGGAUAACUAGGAUAAUUGCUUGUUUUUCGAAAUAACAAAAGUAGGAAAUUAUGCUGUGAAGAUAUUUAUUAAUCCCACAAAACUACUUCUACGACUACUACCGGUGAUGUAUCUAUGAUUACCUUUACUAGUCGUGACGCUGCGAUGAUGAUGCUUGUUCGUAUUACUUGAGGCUGUGAUGAUGAUGUUUGUUCUUAUUCACAAGUAGUAAUAAUCUCCAGUGCUUUCUUAUUCGAGUAAUAUGGUACGUCAGUUCGAGUCCUCUCCCUGCUUUCGUACGCGCUUUUUUGGGCGUAGUGCUAUAGACAUCCGUAGUCACUUCUUUUAGGUUCUCGGAAAUAACUCUUACGAGGAAUAGUUAAGUGUGCAAAUGGACCGCAGUCGGCUUGUUGGAACUGCUUCGUCUUGUCGGUAGACUAAGAGAGCUUCUAAUUUAGACGCUGUAGAAAAUAGCUGGUUAAUUUUCCCUCGCCUUACUCCCUUCAACCAAUAGAGUGACGGCAUGUAGAAGUAUAGGGAAAAAUUGCACUAUCCGGUUUGCCUCCUGCAGUAGGAUGGAACUUCUGGACUAUCCCAUCAAUCUUAUUCGCUUCUCAGUCCUUUACUAGCUAGGAUGGAGACGAUAAAGACGCUUUUCUUUUUCCACAUAGAUGUAGGUUCGUUGUAAUUUGAUUUUCGAUAUCAAUCAAUCUCCAUGUCGAUAGUUAAUAGAGUCCAACAGGUACAGACAAGCGCUAGACUGUGUAAGUAAUUAAUUUAUACCAAACAAUGUUGUAAGUGUAAGAGGACCCUCACUAUUUUUGUGGUGUCUGUAAAAAUAUUUGGGCGGUUCAGAGUCGAUAAACUUCUAGGAGUUUUUAGUAAAAAGUCAUGAACCAAUCCUAUGAUGGGGAACUGCUAGAUGAACCUUCAAUCAGGCAUUUUUCUUACGCUGAUGAACAUGUUGACAACACUGGUAUGAAAUGGUUCGCGCGUACAAAGUCCGCCUGCACAGGCUGGCAGUGAAAAGUUAUGAUUAUUUUUUUUGGUAAAUUAUAUAAGGAACUACAUACUUCCCACUAGCUAGGUAAAAUAAGGCAAUUAAUUGGAACGAACAGCACCGAAAAAGUGUCAGGGACAGACCUAUCUACCAGGGGUUCGUUUGUGCAUAGGGUUGGUCUAUGGGAGAGGCCAGCGCGUCUUCUAGUACCACUGAUAAAUGGUCAAGUAUUUUAGUCUUUCGUUGGCAGAUGGAGCUAGGUUAAGCCUAAAGUAUCUCGCUGGUAUAUCUUCUGAGGAAAAGAAAGUCGAUGGCUAGCCUCCCCUCAGCAUUUUCUAUCGUGUAAGUAUGUCCAUAACCAUUCCCGCCGGUGUCGUCUUCACUCGUCUUGUUUUGUAAGAGCGGAGGCAUGUCGUGGCGACGCGACCAUUAUGAUGACGUGGCUCUCUGAGGAGCAUUUUUAGGAGCAUUAAAAUAUCUGAAACCUUCCGACUGAAUGUGUCCAUGAAACCCUGAAGACCCUAAAAACCCCUCAAAGAAUCACAUCGCAUGUUCAGAAUUUUUUCUUCGACGUGUGCAAAAAAAAAGACCAAACCAAUAAAC